CUAUAAUUUCAUUUCGCAAAAUAAAUAAGCGUCCGUAAACAUCAAAAACGAGAGCAAUUAGCUUACUGCACAAUCGAAAUGGCGGAAGGCGGCAGUAAACGUAUCAACGUGGUUGUAAAAACGCCAAAGGACAAGAAAACUGUUGAAGUUGAUGAAGAUUCUGGAAUAAAAGAUUUCAAGAUUCUGGUUGGACAAAAAUUUGAGGCAGAGCCGGAGCAAUUGGUGCUGAUUUUCGCAGGUAAAAUCAUGAAAGACACUGAUACGCUCAAGAUGCACAACAUCAAGGACCAGCUGACGGUGCAUCUGGUGAUAAAGUCGCCGACGCGCAACAACGAAGCGCCGGCCCGUGCUCCCGCCGAUGUGCGUCAGACGCCCUUCGGCCUGAACCAGUUCGGUGGCUUGGCAGGCAUGGAGGCCCUGGGUGCCGGAUCGAACACCUUUAUGGAUCUGCAGGCACGCAUGCAGAACGAGCUACUUAACAACGGGGACAUGCUGCGCUCCCUGAUGGACAAUCCCCUGGUCCAGCAGAUGAUGAACAACCCGGACACCAUGCGCCAGCUGAUUACCUCGAAUCCGCAGAUGCAGGACCUGAUGCAGCGCAAUCCCGAGAUCACGCACAUGCUCAACAAUCCCGAUCUGCUGCGCCAGACCAUGGAGCUGGCCCGCAACCCAUCGAUGCUGCAGGAGCUGAUGCGCUCGCACGAUCGGGCCAUGUCCAAUCUGGAGUCGGUGCCAGGCGGCUACAGUGCCUUGCAGCGUAUCUAUCGUGACAUCCAGGAGCCCAUGAUGAAUGCCGCCACAGAGUCCUUCGGGCGCAAUCCCUUUGCCGGGCUCGUCGAGGGCGGCGGAGCGGCUGCCGCCAAUCCCCAGCAGGGCACUGAGAACCGCAACCCACUACCCAAUCCAUGGGGCGGCAGCGGCACAGCCACUGGCAAUGGUACCAACUCCUCUACAAAUGGCCCCACAGGCCAGGCGAAUCGCACUGGGGAUCAGCCACCGAAUAACGUACUGAAUACGCCGGCCAUGCGCAGCCUGCUCCAACAGAUGGCUGACAAUCCGACCAUGAUGCAGAACCUCCUGAAUGCCCCGUACACACGUUCCAUGAUGGACUCCAUGUCGCAGGAUCCGGACAUGGCUUCGCGCCUCCUAAGCAGCAGUCCCCUGCUUUCCAACAAUCCCGCCCUGCAGGAGCAGGUGCGCCAGAUGAUGCCGCAGUUUAUGGCACAGAUGCAGAAUCCCGAGGUGAUGAACAUGCUGACCAAUCCGGAUGCCAUGAACGCCAUUCUACAGAUCCAGCAAGGCAUGGAGCAGCUGCGCAGUGCCGCUCCCGGCCUGGUCGGCACUAUGGGCAUUCCGCCGCCACCUCCCGGCAUCAACACUGAUCCGGCCAGUGGCGAUGGUGCUCUCAACAGCCGCACUGCACCCACCAGCACCAACAACAUCUCCUUGUCGAACAGCAGCGUACCAAAUGCUGGCAACAGCAGCGUUAAUUCAUCAGCUCCUGCCCUGGCACCGGGCGGCGGACCCAACGCCCAGCUCUUCAACGAUUUCAUGACGCGUAUGCUGAACGGCAUGUCCACCAAUGCGGACGGCACGCAGCCGCCAGAGGUGCGCUACCAAUCGCAGCUGGAGCAGCUAGCGGCCAUGGGAUUUGGCAACCGUGAUGCCAAUUUGCAGGCUCUGAUUGCCACAUUCGGGGACAUCAAUGCGGCGGUGGAGCGUCUCCUGGCCGUGAAUCAACUGUCCCUGAGUUAACAUCGCUAAACCACCUCCCAACAACAACCUUCAACAUUGUAUACAACCUGUCUAUAUAUCUACGCACUACAACUAUACCUAGACACUUAUAGCCGCCCCUGAGACGGAGACUAUGUGAGAGCGAGAGAGAGAGAGAGAGAUACAAAAAAAAGCGAGACGGAGAGCGAUAACAGAAAAGAAAGAGACCCCUUAGAGGGAGAAUGACACAGGCGUUACCGGCUUCCACACCCACAUCAGAAUUCAAACAAAAAAAAACAUACAAAGCCUACACAACUAUACUACAAUUUAAGCUCUGGAUUGGCUAGAUCCGGGCGCAUUUUCAUACACUGAUUGGGAAAUUACCUCCCAUCAAUUCAACACACAGUAAAAACAUACAAAAGAGAAGAUGAAGCCGACGCUCACGCCUGGGUUAUGAAGAGUGCGUAAUGGGGGACGGGUGGACAAUAUAAGAGAUACAUAAGUACAUAUAUAUAUAUAUCUAUAUAUAUUUAUAUAUAUAUAUAGAGGGAGAGAUUCAGAAAGAGAACCCCCAUACCAAAGUAUCGAAAGGGAAAGGAUUCGUAGUUGAUAUUUGAUUUUUUUUUUUUAUAAGUUGAAAGCGGAAAUGGUUGAACUAUUGGCACACACACACACACAGAAACACAUACAUAUUUAGAUAAACAUACAUUGGCAGACAAGAGUAAUUACACGUGCACUUUGUGCAUAAAGAGAAUGAAGACGUCAGGCGUGGUCAUGGUGGUCAGUUAUACAUGCUACAAUAUACAAUACAUUUUGUUUGUCCUUGCGCCCCCGAUCCCCCCGGUCGCCCGCUCCUGUUCCUUUCCUCUCUACACAUUUCCUCCCUCACAUUUGUUAGAUACAUAAGCGUAUGUAUUGUAUGUAUACAUAUAUGUUCAAUUCUAUCACACAAUAUUCCAAUGGUGUUAACAAAAAGACGUAAAACAAAAACAAACAAAAAAAGCCAAUUUGAAAUUAUUUAGUAAAGCAAACACACGAAAAACCAAAACGAUAACAAAAUGUAUUAAUCUUGAAUAUUAUUAUGCAUCAUAUCUUGUUUGUUUGUAACUGUAACUAAUGGCGGAUUUCUUCUGUUUUCGGGCCAAUCUUCGGUCGAGACGAGUACAAGUAACGAGUAUGUGGUGUGUGGCAUCAUAUUUUUGUUUGUUUCUUUUCUUUCCUCUUUAUUUCCACUGCAUUUCAAUCCCAGCUGCCCUCUUUUUUUUUUGUUUUCCCAUUAUGUUUAUAUAUAAACUAUAAAGUCUAUUUGUAUAAUCUGUAAGUACUUUAACUAUAAAAUAUCGCCACUCGCCGCCACCAACAGGUCGGAGUGAGGAGAGUGGGCCAAAGCGGCUAGUAGCCGGUCCAAGCCUGUCCAGCGCCUGGACACAGUGACGGCAAGGGCGGUGGUGUUGGCGCAGGGAGAGCGGGAGUGGUGUGACAAAAGGAGCGUCGGAGCUAUAUACGUUUAUUUGUUUAACGAGAUGGAAAAAUGAAACUAAGUAAUAUUAUGUAAAUGGUCACAUGUUUUAAAAUGAUAAUAAAGCUGCUUUGGUUUAGAUUAGACCAAGAAAUGGGCA